AGAACUUGCAGGUGAUAACUUCACCAAAGGCCAACAACAAUGUCAGAAGAUUCAACAGCAUUUCUCGCCAUAUACAUCAUUACAUUCCUGAUUGGUUUUCCUAACGCUGUGCUGGCGUUCUGCUUAUGUAUACGCAAGAUCCUCCGUAGACCCAUCCCCAUUGACAUUUUCGUGUUGAACCUCAGUCUUUCCGACCUCUUCUUCCUCACAUUCCUGCCUUUAAAGAUGAAAGAGGCCGCAGAUGACAUGAUUUGGAAGAUGCCUGACGCCCUGUGCCGCUUCAGCGUGCUGAUGUUCUUUGCUCCUCUCUACUCCAGCAGCCUGUUCUUGACAGCAAUCAGCGCCGAGCGCUACGUGUGUGUAGCAUUUCCGGUCAAGUAUAAAAGUCCAAAGAGGAUUAUUUAUACAACACUCAUAUGCGUUUGCAUCUGGGUGCUAGUUGUAGUUACUUCAGUAUUUCCAUACACGGCGGCAUAUUCGGAUUCUGAUGGAGUGGACAACACCACUAAUAUAAAUAAUCUGGUGGCAGAACCUCAGAGAUGUUACAGUAACUUUACAGCAAAACAGCUGAAAGCACUGCUACCAGCGCGUCUGGGUAUAGUAGUGAUGUUUUUCCUUCUACCCCUCCCUAUCUGCUGCUUCUGUUACAUCAGUUUAAUUUGUAAUUUGAUAAAGUGCCCUCUCUUCAAGCGACAACGUAAACUCCGGGUAAUUGGACUGGUUGCGGGGACCCUCCUCGUGUUUGCCAUUUGUUUUGCACCCUACAAUGCGUCACACAUAGCAGGCUUCGUCAAAAAAGAAAAUCCUGAUUGGCGCAUGACAACUUUAAUGCUGAGCACUUUAAAUGCAUGUUUUGAUCCUAUUAUAUAUUUCUGUAUCUCCAAGGAUAUGAGAAGGGUCAUUAAAAUAUGUGCUAAGGCCUUGCGUACUUAUAUACCCAUUUAAAGCAAUUUAUUGUUCUUGUAAACCUGUUAAACACGUAACAGUAGUACAAAGACAUCAUAUUGUAACCUACUCUACAUAAGCAAGGAUCCUACACCUUG